AUGGCAAAAGGGAAUAGCACACCGGAACGACUCAGUUUACAUUUCAACUCUGCGACUGAAGAUUCCAGUACCGAAAAUGAGUUUCUGAAUCCUCCUUCGAAGCGCAGACGGAUUUCACAAGAGAGUGAUCAACUCGGUGGCACUGUCCUCCAACCCACCUCGAUAUUCAGAGUAAAAAGGACUCUGCCUCCAGAGACAAAUGAAUCACCAUCGAUCGCGCAGCCACCCAUCGCCCCCAUUCCUACAACAUCCGCAACCUUCCAGUCACUUGCCGUGGCACCAUGGCUGAUACAUUCACUCGGCGCAAUGGCCAUAACACAUCCCACCGAGAUCCAACGGGCCUGCAUACCGGAAAUUCUAAAAGGAAGAGACUGCAUUGGAGGCUCGAGGACGGGCACGGGAAAGACUGUGGCCUUUGCGGUUCCUAUAUUGCAAAAAUGGGCAGAAGACCCCUUUGGUAUCUAUGCUGUCAUUCUCACACCAACGCGUGAGUUAGCUCUACAAAUAUACGAGCAAUUCCAAGCACUGGGAGCGCCGCAAAAUCUCAAAACAGUGCUGAUAACAGGAGGAUGCGAUAUGAGGCCUCAGGCAGUUGCUCUGGCUAAGAGACCGCACAUUGUUGUAGCAACCCCAGGCAGACUAGCAGACCACAUUCUCAGCUCUGGCAAAGAGACCACCAUCGGACUGUCUCGGGCGAGAGUCAUGGUCCUGGAUGAAGCCGACCGCUUGCUGUCCUCGGGACCGGGGUCCAUGCUACCAGACCUCAACACAUGCCUCUCUGCUCUUCCUCCACCUACAUCACGCUUGACCCUUCUUUUUACGGCGACCAUAACGCCAGAGGUUCGAGCACUGAAAGAACUUCCACGGCCACCAGACCGUCCACCUAUCUUCAUAUCUGAAAUUGGGGGUCCCUCCGAUGCGUCUUUUUCUCCCAGCCUCCUUCCUGCGACACUCACACAAACGUACCUUCAGACUCCCAUGACACACAGGGACGCCUUUCUUCACGUCCUUUUGUGCGUUCCCUCAUUCACAAAGGCUCCCGAGCCUAACAUCAUUGUCUUUGUGAACCGCACCAGCACUGCCGACAUUCUUCACCGCACCCUCCUCCAACUCUCUCAUCCUGUGACGGCGCUACAUUCCGAACUGCCUCAGAGCCAGCGAACGAGGAAUCUCUCUGACUUUCGCUCGCAGAAGUCGCGGAUUCUCAUCAGCACAGAUGUGGCAUCAAGAGGCCUUGACAUCCCCGAGGUCAACUUCGUGAUCAAUUAUGAUGUCCCUCGGAACCCAGUGGAUUACGUCCACCGAGUUGGACGUACAGCUAGAGCGGGGAGGGAAGGCACGAGUAUCACAUUCGUUGGCCAGAGAGAUGUCGCUCUCGUCCUGGCCAUUGAGGAGUAUAUAGGAAGCAAGAUGAUAGAAUGGGCUGAAGAGGGAGUCAAUAUCGAGACACGUGUGGUGAAGGGUCGGACGUUGAAGGAUGUGGCCGAGGCCCGAAUGGAAGCUCUUCGGGAUAUUGAUAGUGGCAAGGACGUUAAAGGCUGGCGAAGGAAGAUCAAGAAGGAUAAGAAGCGUGCCUUUGUCGAAUAG